AUGGUCCACGCCUUCAUCAUCCAUACCCUGCGCGCCACCAAGGCUGAGGAGGGCCUCUGCCGGGUGCUCUACUCUUGCUGCUUCGGUGCGGAGAAUUCACCCAGUGACCACCAGCCACGCAGUGCUGAGAGGGACAGACUUCUCCGAAAGGAGCAGAUGUUGGCCGUGGCCAGGCAGGUGGAGUCCAUGUACCAGCUGCAGCAGCAGGCGUGUGGCCGGCAUGCUGUGGACCUGCAGCCCCAGUCCUCAGAUGAUCCAGUUGCCCUUCAUGAGGCCCCAUGUGGGGCCUUCCGCCUGGCGCCAGGGGACCCUUUCCAGGAGCCUCGGACAGUGGUGUGGCUAGGCGUGCUCUCUAUAGGCUUUGCCCUGGUGCUGGAUACUCAUGAGAACCUGCUGCUGGUGGAGAGCACGCUUCGAUUGCUGGCUCGCCUUCUCAUUGAGCACCUCCGACUGCUGGUCCCUGGAGCCAACCUCCUGCUGAGGGCUGACUACAUCGAAGGCAUCCUCACCCGCUUCCUGCCCCAUGGUCAGCUGCUCUUCCUCAAUGACCAGUUUGUCCAGAGUCUAGAGAAAGAAUUCAGUGCUGCCUGGUCCCACUGA